AUGUGUCAACCGGAGGACGAUAUCACAAAGGAGCACCCCUCCCCACCCCUACCGCAAAACUGGUGGUGGAAUCCCACUUCCCCCCCGCGAUCGACGAAGCACCAUGCCCGCGCCCCCUUCCACCUGAUGGACUUCCUCAUGCAGUAUCGGUGGCUCAUCAUUAUCCCUGUAGUCCUCCCCCUUUCCUUCCUCUGGGCCCGUCUUCAUCUCGCCCGCGCCUGGAUCAAAAAGCGUCUCCGCGGGGAAGCCACCCAUGAAAAACACUGCGCACGUAUUGAACGCGUCCAGCAAGCUGUCAAAGGACACGCCAAGGGCACCGAUGGACUCAUCUGUACUGCAAGGCCCUCGUUUUGGAGCGUCUCCACGAGAGAUUCUGCAUACAAGAAGGGUGCCAGAUAUCAAGUCGACUUAUCCGAUCUCGCAGAUGUCGUCGACGUCGAUUUGGAACGCAUGGUAGUCAAAAUGGAACCGUACGUUACCAUGGGCUAUCUCACCGCCACCCUUCUCGACAUGGGCGUCUGCGUCCCCAUCGUCCCCGAGUAUGAUGAUCUUACAGUGGGUGGCUUAGUUUGUGGUUACGGCAUUGAAGGCUCCAGUCACAAGUACGGCUUCUUUUAUGACGAAGUCACAUCCAUGGAAGUCGUCAUUGCAAGCGGUGAGGUCAUCACAGCCACCAGAGAUAACGAGUAUAGCGACUUGUUCCAUGCCAUCCCGUGGUCGUACGGCGCUAUCGGUAUGCUGGUAGGAGUUGAGAUGCGCCUCAUCAAAGUUAAGCCGUUCAUGAAAGUCACGUACUACCCCGUCGCCGGGAGUAUCGAGGAAAUGACAAAGGCCUGGAACCACUUUCUCGUGCCCACAGAUAAGCCGUGGGCAGAGUACGUGGAGGGCUUGAUCUAUAGCUCUACGCGAGGCGUUAUCAUGACGGCAGACUACGCAGAGGCGGACGAAGUCAAAGUGUCUGGCAAGGUCAACAAUAUGGGAUUCUGGUACAAGCCUUGGUUCCACAAAUACGUCAAGGAAGAAAUUCUAGACAAGACGGAUGACGGAUCCCCGGUUGUAGAAUACGUCCCUACCCGCGCAUAUUAUCAUCGACAUACGCGCAGCCUGUACUGGGAGGCAGACUUGUUGGUCCCCAUGGGAAACCACCCGCUGUUCCGUCUUGCUCUGGGCUGGCUUAUGCCUCCUCGCGUGUCAUUCCUGAAACUUACCAUGUUUGGAAAAAUGUGGAAGUACUAUAACUCGCGAUUCGCCGCACAAGAUAUCCUUGUUCCCCUGCACAAGACCGCAGCUUGUAUGGAACUCAUGCAUGAUGAAUACGACAUAUACCCCCUUUGGUUGUGCCCCCACCGCGUGUUUAAAACAAGAAUGGGCACCAUGCUUGACUGCGAGAAGGACUUCGACAAAACACCGCUGGGUCCAGGAGACACGAAGGACGCGCAGAUGUUUACUGAUCUGGGCAUUUGGUACACACCAGGGCAUAUUCUUCGAGGUGAAAAAUGGGAUGCAGCAGAAGCAAGCCACAAACUUGAACAAUGGCUCAUCAAAAACCACGGCUAUCAGACCCUAUACGCUAUUACUGAGCUAAAUGAGGCGGACUUCUGGCGGAUGUUUGACAAGACGCUCUAUGAAAAAUGUCGAAAGAAGUACGACGCAGUGGGAAGCUUCAUGGAUGUGUACUACAAGAUUGGAAAGAAAAAUUUAAGUGCAAGUGCGUUGUCGGCGAAGAGCUGAGACACUUCAUCCGAAUGUUUUCCUAAAAUAGAAUUCAGUAACCACUCGGCAAGGUAUAUCGCAGGCACCCCCUGUCCAGAGUCCCCACUUUUGUGCAAGCCCUCAAGGACACUUUUGCCUUGCCCUCGAUCCAUACAUCAGCCAUCGUGUACAUCUUGGGGGCAUAUUGUAGCCUUGAUCAGUUCAUGUAAAACAGUUUUCAAACCCGGU